AUGCCUUUCCUCAACUUAUCCAACGCGGAGUUCGCACCCCUGUUCCAAUUGCUCGAAAACUAUGAGCCCCACCGAACCUGCCCCACAAAGAACACCCGCACUCGCCGCACCUUCUAUGCUCCAGCCUUUGAUGUGCGCGAAGUAUCCGACAGCUAUUACUUGGACGGCGAGUUGCCAGGCGUGGACCAAAAUGCCAUCGAUAUUGAAUUCCGCGAUCCCCAAACACUAGUUAUUAAGGGUCGCUCUGAGCGGAAUUACCAAACAACCCAGCCUGAGUCCUCCAGUGACUCUGAGGAGUUCACAAAGCUGCGCCAACCUACUGUUGAGGAUGAAGAUGAAUCCGACUCCAAUGACUCCGAUACCAAUACUGCCACCUCAAGUGGAUCCACUAAGACACCGACACCCACUCAGACCCCAACCUCUAAGUACUGGGCAUCAGAGCGUUCGAUCGGUGACUUCGAGCGCACAUUCAGCUUCCCUUCACGCGUCGAUCAAGAUGCCGUUCGUGCCAGUCUGAAGAAUGGUGUUUUGUCUGUUGUUUUGCCCAAGGAGGCUACCCCAGUGGCGAAGAAGAUUCGUGUUGAGUAA